UCUCCCUAUCACGUGAUCGCCCGGGUUCCUCCAAUGGACACUCGACCAAUCCCCAUCUUGAAAGGGAGGCGGUUUGCGUCAAGAUAUGAAACCGGAUGACCUGCUGGUUACUGACAGUCUUUUCCUCAGAGUCUGCAAGCACUAGGCGUCACGCAUGCGAUGACCGCUUGUGUGCGUGAGGGCAAUACUAAUCGAGUGUGGCUUUGUGCUGUGUGUAGAGCAGAUCCAUGUCCAUUUGCGCACUAACGAACCAAAGCAGAGGGUGAUCGUGGAACGAGUUCAUAUGACAGCCUCCUUGGCCCUAAACCCUCGCUGGUCGGCGGAAACGGUAAUGUUUGUUUAUGACAAUAAUUUGCAGGAGUUAAACAAGAACAUGGAAGGGCUGGUGGGAAGCGGGAACUUUGCCACCGCCACUGCGGUGAACCAGUGCCGUAACAUAAUGGCUCAUUCAGCUGCUCCAGGCGGCCAUCGUCCCUCAGGCUUGGUGCAAUCUUCAGCAGGCUACUCCACCGUGGACGUGUCCGUGUCAGGCCCCAGGGAUGCAUCGGCGUCGUCGGUGAAAACAUGCGCCAGCGUGUCCCAGCAGAGCACUUCUGCAGCCCCCGCUUUGCCUUACGGCUACUUUGGUCAGGGCUACUACCCGUGCAGGAUGGGGCGUGGUCCUGUCAAGUCGUGUACGCAGGCUGCUGGAGCCGCCCUCAGCUCUCAAUACAUGGACACCACCGUGAGCCCCGAUGAAUACCCGAACCACAGGCCGAAGGAAUUCGCUUUUUACCACGGCUACCCCAGUGCGUACCAGUCCAUGGCAAGCUACCUGGACGUGUCCGUGGUCCAAACGCUGGGUGCUGUUGAGCCACGCCAUGACACCCUCCUCCCAAUGGACAGCUACCAGCCAUGGGCUCUCACUAACGGUUGGGGGGGACAGAUGUACAGUUCCAAAGACCAGGGGCACGGUCACAUCUGGAAGUCCGCUUUGGCUGAUGUGGUUGCCCACCAACAAGAAUGUUACCCUUUUCGCCGAGGCAGGAAGAAGCGCAUACCUUACACAAAGGUGCAGCUGAGGGAGCUGGAGAAAGAAUACGCCGCCAACAAAUUCAUCACAAAGGACAAGAGGAGGAAGAUUUCGGCCGCGACCAACCUUUCAGAGAGGCAGAUCACCAUCUGGUUCCAGAACAGGAGAGUAAAGGAGAAGAAGUUUGUGACUAAAAUAAAAAACACCACGCCUUAGCAUCCUGCUCAUUUGGACCACUGGGGGAGUUAGUUCGCAUAUACGCGGCGAGAUGACGCAUUUUGGGGAUCAAUCAUGACAUGAUCCGACUGAUCGCGUUUUCGCUUUUGACGCAUAUGUGCACAAUGGAAGUAGGACUUUUUAAAUGGCAAGCCCUUCAAUGAACCAAAUUGUGGGCUUUUUGUAAAUACAGCAUCUACUCACUUUGUCUUGUCUAUUUUAAUUUGCCAUUCUUGUCUGUAUAUCAAGUAAUAUGCCUUCCCAGCUUGUUUAUAACGCGUUCCUAUUUCAACAGUAUGAAUCAUUUUAUGUAUUUUAAAUGCAGCUGUAUAGUCGGUAGUGCAUUUUCAAUGAGUCCUCGAAUUUAAUGUCUGCACGUAGCAACGGAAAUGACAGAGAUUGCUUUGGAUUGCCAUGUAAAUGUCCUGAUAGGACUGUGAGGAUUUUGCUUAAACCACCGCAACAGUACCUGACUGUUGAUACUGUAUACACAUG